UGUGUACAGACGCAACAUGAACACAGAUCAGAGGCAAGCAAGCGAAGGAUUUCUUGAGAUGAGAGGAUCAGAAUUAUGAGAUAGGAAUUAUGGUCAGCACUGAGGAUGCAUUCCAGGUCUCCCCAGUCAAGCUUUCAGCACUUUUUAGUUCAUAUUGAGGACAAUAUUAAUUACCCGCACCACAAACUCAUCAAGGCACCUUUUUUCACAUGACAAGGUGUAAGAAAUAUUCUUUGAACCCGAGUGGUCGUUGGUGAUUUGGCUUGAGAAGCUAAACCAAGUUUGCUAUAGCAAUUAUGGCAAAUUAUUAUAUUGUUGGACUUAGUACAAUUAUUGGCUUGACAAUCUUAUCUCUGCUGUACGAUUCAUUUGACAUGGACAUGUAUAAUUGUGGCAGCACGUUAAGGAAUCUGGUAGUAACGGCACCACACGACACAACACGAGAAUUUUCUUCCAAGAAUGUUACCUUUGACAUAGCUGGGAAACAGUGGAAAGACGUCAUCGUUCUUGUGCAUAUCCAGAAAACAGGAGGGUCCAAUUUCGGUCGACACCUCAAGGCAAACCUCAUGUUGGAGAAGCCUUGUGUGUGUCAGCGUGGCUCAAAGGUCUGCAACUGUUCUCGCCUGGGAAGUGAGAAAGAACAAUGGUUGUUCAGUGAGCACUCUGUCGGGUGGGCGUGUGGUCUACAUGCGGAUUGGACUGAAAUGAUCAACUGUGUUCCGUCGAUGUUGGAUAAGUUUGAAAAUGCACGACAGAAACGAAGAUACUUUUAUGUGACAAUGUUGCGUGAGCCGUUUGCACGAUUCCUUAGUGAGUGGCAACACGUCAAGAGGGGGGCCACCUGGUUCAGUUCACUCCACAUGUGCGACGGACAUGUCCCUACGAAAAAGGAGUUACCACUAUGCUACAAAGAUGCAUCUUGGGCAGGUGUCUCACUCGAUGAAUUCUUGUCUUGUCCAUUCAACUUGGCCACAAACCGCCAAACAAGAAUGCUUGCUGACCUCACUAAAGUUGGUUGCUACUCAUCAUUAUCCGACGCUGAAACUAAAGUAAAAAUGCUCGAAAGCGCCAAGGAGAAUUUAAGACGGUUUGCUUUCUUCGGUCUUACAGAAAACCAGGUAGACACACAGUUGUUAUUUGAAGACACUUUCAAGUUGAAGUUUAUGGAAGAUUUUAUUCAGCGCAAUGAUACGAAUGCAGCUAGCAUAAAGCAGGAAGAUUUGACAGUGGAGCAAAUCCAGCGAAUCUAUGACGUCAACGCGGAAGACUUUCUUUUGUAUGAUUACGCUCGGGAUCUUUUCAAAGAGCGAGUCUCAGCAAUGAGAGCACGAAGGAAAAGAAGAAUCCCAUCUUGAAUAUUUUUUAUUUAAACAAAAUACCCACCGCUUCUUUCAUUCUAUCGUUGAGAAAUUGAGUUUGUGCCCAUAUAUCAUGCACGAGCAUAGAACAUCGAAAUUAAUAGAGAAUUCCUUAUUGAUUUCUGACUUACAAACCCGCAAAUAUAAACUUGCCAGUUAGGCAGUAAUUGACAUGAGAAUUAAAGGAUCACACAAAUUUACUCGCUCAUAUUUUAGGGAUGAGAAUCAAAGACAAUAAGUUUUAGAGUGUUUUAUUUUGUAAAAAUAUCUAAUUACCGAGAAAUGAUCAGAAAAGGCACAAAAACUGUCACUUUAUCAGCAGGAUGCAAGUGUCAAAUUUACAGGAUGUUGCUGCGCAAUGUUGCAAGUAGACUGGUGCUCCGUUUAUGUAAGUGUUAUUACUAUGGCAAGAUACGAGGAUCCAUCCAGCUCGAAAGCAUGUAUAAACAACAGCGAACAAUGCAGAGUCUGGGUUCGAGAGUCGUGACAACUGCGUCUUUAAGCAAGACACUCAACCAUGAAGCUUUGUCCUUUCUAUUCGUCAUUCGUCCUGUGCGUUGUUAUAUAGCGCAUUUCACAAUAAACCGUAUCAAUGCGCUUUACAUUAGUCCCCUGGUCGUUGGGCCAAUAACA